CUAAGGGUGGUGGAAUGGUGGUGGCGGUGGCACAAGCCCCGUGCGAGAACUUCCCUCAGUCGUCGGCUAAACAGCGAUCAGGACACACACAUCUAGUCAGCGGAAGAAAUCAGUGCCAGCAUAGCCAAGAUGAUACCGCAAAGUGAGGGUCCCGCUUUAAUCGAAGAUUCAUACGCUGGGGAACCCCAGUUCUCCUCAGCAGACUCGUCCUGUGGCCAGAGCAGCUGUGGCAAAGCCCAGACAGCCUUGGAGGUCUACCAAAGAAUACUUCAGCGCCUUGAACAGCAAGAAGACACCACAAAAUCCCGUCAAAAUGAUUUGAAGAGACAAAUUUGGAUUGCUAGCUUCACGGGAGGAACCAUACAAUAUCAUUGUUAAAGAUCUCAAUACGCUUAUUAAUAAUAAGUUUAACUAAUUAAAUA